GUGAAAUGUGAUUUUAGUUCAAUCCUGGGGCAUCAAUCUUUCCAAAAUGCGUUUUCCUUCUAAAAAUACUCCGACAUAUGAUCAAUUCUGGAGCAUCCAUCUUUCUGGAGUAGCAUCUUAUGAUCAAGCUACAUAGUUAAGUUAUAGAUACACCUCUUUUACCCUUUAGGCCUUUACCGACAUAUCCACAUAUAGGUACUAGGUUUAUUAAUUAAUUAGUUUAAUAAGAGAUUAAGAGAUUUCUCUAGGGUUACCUUCGGGUAAUGCCUAGUCUUUGUCCGCCGCCAGCUGCCUAGGAGGUCUCGGCCGUCGUCGGUGGCUGUGUUGGAGUGCGGUUUUUUUAUCGAGCUCUUCGGGGCUUCGCUUUGGUUGGAGCUUUGUUUCGGUCGAGGAGGUCAGCGGCGGAAGGAGGAGCGUUGGAGCUUUCGGCGUUGGAGCUUUCGGCAUGGUCCGCCAAAGUCGUCCUCCACAAAAGUUUUGUGUUGUUACGGGGGAUUCAUGCGAUUGGAGAGUUUUGUAUACAAGUACAAAAACAUAGCGAUUGGGAUGGAGGAAGAAGAUCUGGAUUUCAAUACGGAAGACGUUCCGGUAGGGAAAAGCAGUCCAGGGUUUCUGGUGGUAGGAGUGAUACUGACUAUUGAAGCGGAUGAGUGGCGAGUGUGUCCCCCUCCCGAGCCGCCGCCAUGGAGUGCAAGCAAGGUGAAGAACGUUUGGGUGCUCGUGUGGAUUGGCGGGCUCGGACAGAGUUUCAAGUUAAUUUGCUUUUUAUUUCUCCAUAGUGAUAUUUUAUGUUGCUGUGUGACUUUUUUCGUUGUUGUUGUUCCUUUUUGUAAGACGAUUGAUUUGGAUAUGGGUGAUGAGAGGAUUGCGGUAACCGUCUUUGGCUCAUUUGUGCCCAUUAAUGGAUUAGCGAAUUAUAUUGCUUCGUUGGAGGUGAUUAAUUCCAAGUCUGGUUCGCGGGACGGCGGUUGCUAGGAACCUUUUUGUCGGAUUACCCAUAAUCUGAAUUACGAAGUAUUUGUUAUCAAUUUAAACCUUUUUCUUCCAAAAAAAAGAGAUUAAGAGAUUUCAUAUUCACUCUCUAUUCAUCUUAUAAUUGUAGCGUUAUAUGCACCCAAAUACCGAUGUAAUUAUUUUCAGUUCGUAUACCGUGGGAUCAUCCCACGGUGAGCACCAUGCUCCACUCC